AAAAUAUCUCUAACUCUCGAAAAUCAUUAAAAAUUAACAAUAAAAAAUAAAAAUAUAAAACAAGUGCAAACGUGUGAAAAAAAUAAAAGUUGAAAAAAUGCAAACGUGUAGAAGAAGAAAAGCCGGAGGCGAUACGGCCACGAUCUUGUGGCGGAGACUGUGUUUGGCCAGUCUCUUGGGAUUAUUGCUGGUUGGCAUUCAAAUUGAGCAUGCGGCGUCUGCGCCUGCAGGCGUGGAUGAUGCAGCAGCCACAACGACCAUGCCACCUAUACCACCUAUGGAUGCCACAACAGUCUCUACCACAGUAGAAACAACAAUUGGCGUAGAACAAAGCAGCAUCAACAGCACCAGCACCAGCACCAGUACGAGCAGUACAACUGAGGAAACGGAUAGUUCAACGACUUCAAGCACUACAGAAACGUCCAACAAAUUGAAUGCGGCCGAAGCUGAGUUAACCACAACAUCGCUGCCAACUAGCAGCAACAGCAGCUCUCUGCCCACCGCUGCUGUGGACCCAACCAGCAGUUCCUCUGUGAGUUCCACCAGCAUUGAGCCCAUCACCUCGACAGAGCCCACAACAACGCCGCGACAGGAGAGCGAGGGACCCGAACAGCAUUUGAUCUUCUCCCACACGGAGGGGGAUCAGACCCACAUACAGCACAUACCCCUGAGGGAUGAGCAUGCGGAGAAUAGUGGAGCUGAUGCCACCACCGAGGCGCUGAAGGAUCCACGCGAAGAUCAGCUGCUCAAUCAAAUAUCCAAUGAGAACGAUGAUGUGGUCAAGGAUCUGAAUAAUUUCCGACAUCCGGCGACGCUGAUCACGGCCAGCAACAGCAACAGCGAGGAGAACAGUGACGCCUCAGUGAAUCCCAGUGAAAAUGAAAGUGAAAAGAUAAAUGAAACAACAACAACAGCAGCAACGACAACGACAACGACAGAGGCAACAGUGCAGCAGCGCGAAGAGCGCGAAGAGGAUCCCUAUCAUGUGCAUAUACUGUCCGAGAAUCAUGAUCGCCUGGCCGAACACGAAGAUUAUCAAAUGCUGUCGACCAGCACUGAGGAGUCCUCCGCGUCAUCGUCAGCGUCCGAGCCAGCUACAGCAACAACAACAACCACCACAACCAGCACAGAGAGCGGCUCUGAUGCUGCUGGUAUUAUUGUCAGUCUGGAGAACAAGGCUACAGCCGAGCCAUCCACAUCGACAUCCACUGAGGGUACGACUACAACCACAAGCACAAGCACAACCACAUCUCGAGCACGCGCCAUGCAUAUGAAUGAGGAGACAGAAAUCGAUGCGGCGGCUGACACUACAAUCAUGCCACCAUCAGACAACGAAUCGUCGUCGUUGGGUCCAGUGAUUAACAUUGUUGAAGGACAACACAUGCAACAGGAGGAGGAGGAGUCGGAGAGCAGCACCAGUACAACCACCAGCACAACGCCAGCCACCACAACCACAGAGGAGCCAUCGCCAUUUGUUGCCUUUGCCGGUGAGGGACGUUCAGCGGGUGGUGGUGCCGGCGAUGAUGAUGCGGAGGAGCUCUUCCUGCAUCGCAAUGCCACAACGCAUGAGCAGCUCAUGGAUCUCAGUGAUGUUAGCAUGGAUGAGGAUACCAAAGAGAGUAGCAGUAGCAACAGCAACAGCACCACUACAACAACAACCACAACAACAACAACAACUGUUCAACCGGAAACGGAAAUGCCCAAAAUCGUAGAAAUCACCGCCAGCGGGGAUACAAUGCAACGCGAAUGUUUGGCCAACAGCAAGACCUACAAGCAUGGCGACAUCAUGGAAAGGGAAUGCGAUGAGCGUUGCACCUGCAAUCGCGGCGACUGGAUGUGUGAGCCACGUUGCAAGGGCUUGAGCUAUCCCCGUGGCAGCCAGCGCAGCAUGGCCAAUCCCAACUGCAGAGAGCGUGUGGUGGAGGAGGAUGAAUGCUGUCGUAUGAUGGAGUGCAAUGAACCACUGCUAGAGCCUACAGUGGCCAUAGCCGAGGGAGCGGCAGCUGCAGUGGCAGACCCAGCAGCAGCAGUGGAAGAGGAAGCCACAACCAUUUCGAGCAGCGAUGACGAAGCCACGCCCAAGCCGAAGAAUGAUUGCCAUUACAUGGGCGGCGUCUAUAAGUUCCGCGAACGUCUGGAGAUCGCCUGCGAUCAGAUCUGCCACUGUGCCGAGGGUGGAGUGAUGGACUGCCGUCCCAGGUGUCCGGAGAGGAAUCACACGCGUGCGGACAAGUGUGUGUAUGUGAAGGAUCCCAAGGAUGUGUGCUGCCAGCUGGAGCUGUGCGAUGUCACGCUGGAUGAUCAUGAGCAGCCGCAGUCGCCACCACAGAACAGUGUGAAUGAGGAUUCGGAGGAGGAGCAGCAGCAGCAGCAGCAGCAGCAUCACCAGGAGCAUGUCUAUGGGCUGCAGGAGCAGGCCAGAGAUGCGGGAGGCGCCUCAUCUGGCUGCACCUUCAAGGGCUCCCAGUACGAGGUGGGCCAGCAGUUCCGCGACGGCUGCGAGCAGUUGUGCAUCUGCAACGAGCAGGGCAUCCACUGUGCCAAGGUGGAGUGCCCCUCGAACUUUGGCUUGGACGUGCAGGAUCCGCACUGCAUCCGCUGGGAGCCAGUGCCCGCAGACUUCAAGCCCAUUCCGCCUAACUGCUGUCCGGAGAGCAUGCGCUGCGUGGACAAUGGCACCUGCACCUACAAGGGCUUGCAGUUCGAUAACUGGGCACCCAUUCCAGCGAAUCUUUCAGGUUGCGAUCAGCACUGCUAUUGCGAGAAUGGGCGUGUCGAGUGCCGUCCGGCGUGUCCGCCAGUGCUGGCAUUGCCGCCCGCCGAUCUGCCCUGCCAUCCGGCGCAGGCCCGUCUCCUGCCCAUACCCGAUGACGAGUGCUGCAAGCAAUGGAGCUGUGCACCGUUGGUGCCCAAACUAGGCGCUGCCGGGCAGGAGGAAUCCCUCGAAGAGUCUUCCACACAAUCCACGGGCAUUUCCAAUGAAACCACAACGACUGCGACGACCACGACAAGUACAACAACCACGGGCAAAAUGCCGCCACAGAAGAAGCAGCAGCCCUCAUCGACAGGUGCCUUCUAUCCCACGUUGGAUGGCAAGCCACCAAAGUCCGCAGGCGGAGGUCUGGGCAUAUUUGAGAAGACAGAGAAGAGCCACGAGAAGGGCCAUGAAAAGGGACACAAAAAGGUGCAACACCAACACCAGCAGCAGCAGCAGCAGCAACAGCAACAGCAGCAGCAACAGGAACAGGAGCAACAGCAGCAUCAGCAACAGCAGCACCAGAACGAUGUCAUCUUCGAUGAUCGUGAGGCACACUUGCAGCAGAAUGGCGGCUUUGCGCCCUUCCAGUUCGGUCACCAGCAUCCGCACCAGCAGCACCUGGGACCCUUUGGCUUCUACAAUCCCGUGAAGCCUGUCUAUGAGGACUACAAUCCCUACGAACCGUACGAUAUCAAUCCCAAUGGCACGCCCCAGGGCAAGCCGCCACCAGUGCCCACUAGUCAGUCGGAUUUGUUUAAUAUACUGGGAGCAGAACAGCCAGGUGGACAUCCGGGGCAUCCAAAUCAUAAUGGACAUCCCGCACAGACCCAAAAGGAUAAUCACAAUCUGCCCUCCCAAGUGAGAAUCGAACAGAUUCUGCAGCACUUGCAGCAGACGGUGCCCGGAGGACCGCCAUCCCAACAGCAGCAGCAGCAGCAGCAGCAGCAGCAGCAACAGCAACAGCAGCAGAAUCCCGCACAUUAUGUGCCCAUUGUGCACAGUGGAUUGCCACCACCGCCGCCAGCACAUGGCAUUGCCAUUGUCGAUGGCCAGCCCGUGGCAUAUGAGAGCUAUCCGGUGAUACCAGGCUUGGGAGUGCCGCCAACAACAAUCCAUCAGCAGCAGCAACAGAAGCAACAGCCACUGCAACAGCAGGCCACAAUACUGCCCAGCUCCAGCACCACUUCAGGAUUGUCCACUCAAGCCAGUGAGCAUAGUCUGCACCAGAAUCAGGAGAAGCUAACGAAGCAGCAGCAGCAGCAGCCGCAAUCCAAUCCAGGCAAUAGCAAACUGCAACCAGACAUUGAGGUGCACACGUUGGAGGCGCUGGAUGCGCGCACCAUACACAUUGUCUUCACUGUACCCGAGGUCUAUGUGAAUCUGCACGGACGCAUUGAGCUGCGCUACACGAAUGGCCCCAGCAAUGACACCUCCACGUGGGAGCAACAGAUUUUUGCACCGCCAGAGGAUCUGCUGGCCACCUCGCAGAUGGAAUUCGAUUUGAAUUAUCUGGAGCCCAAUUCCCUGUACAAAGUGAAGAUCACAUUGAUCCUCAGGGAUCUCAAUUCGCAGCCAUCCAGCACUGUGCAUGUGGUGAAACUGCCAGCGGAAAGGACAAUCACACCGCCUCCACCCUUCACCGAUUACAGACCGGACUUCCAGGACAUCUUCAAGACCGUGGAGGAUGCCGAGCUGAAUGUCAGCGAAACGAAUGCCACGUGGCUGCAGUUGACAUGGAAGAAGCUCGGCGACGAGCAGAUGGAGUAUGUGGAUGGGGUGCAGCUGCGCUACAAGGAGCUCACGGGCAUGAUCUACUCCUCAUCCCCACUGAUACACCGCACCCUCACCAGCUACACCAUCCAGAAUCUGCAGCCGGACACGGGCUAUGAGAUUGGACUCUACUACAUCCCACUGGCCGGCCAUGGGGCAGAGCUGCGUGCCGGACACAUGAUCAAGGUGCGCACAGCGCCCAAGAUCGAUGUCUAUGGCUUCGACGUGACCGUGAAUGUCACCAAGGUGAAGACGCAGAGCGUGGAGAUCUCCUGGAAUGGUGUGCCCUACCCGGAGGAUAAAUUCGUGCACAUCUAUCGGGCCAUCUACCAGAGCGAUGCUGGCAAGGAGGACUCGAGCGUCUUCAAGGUGGCCAAGCGGGACAGCACCACAGGCACUCUCAUUAUGGACCUCAAGCCGGGCACCAAGUACCGCCUCUGGCUGGAGAUGUAUCUGACGAAUGGCAACACCAAGAAAAGCAAUGUGGUUAACUUUAUCACGAAGCCAGGAGGACCAGCCACGCCUGGCAAGACGGGAAAACUGCUUACAGCAGGCACAGAUCAGCCUGUGGGCGACUAUUAUGGGCCCCUGGUUGUGGUCUCUGUGAUUGCCGCUUUGGCCAUAAUGUCCACGCUGGCCCUGCUGCUCAUCAUCACCCGAAGGCGAGUCCAUCAAACGGCAUCGAUUACACCACCACGCAAGAGCGAUGCUGCCUAUGAUAAUCCCUCAUACAAAGUGGAGAUCCAACAGGAGACUAUGAUACUCAAAACCCCUCCUUCCAGAUCUGUAACUCACGAAUCUGCCAAAAACAAUUAGUUUUAAAACAGAUUCUUGUAAAUAUUUAAAGAAGGAUGCAAAAACGAAGCAAAAGUAAUGGAAAAACUCAAACUCAGUGUCAGUAAACAAACGAUGGAAAGAUAAAAAGAAAAAAAUUUUCUUAAGCCGGCGCAAGAUCAGUUAAAACAUAAAAGAAAUUGUCCCAAAUGUGGAAUUCGGCCGCCAUGUUGUAUGUAGUGUUUAAGUAAUCUACACAAUUUUUUGUUAAACAAUUUGUGACUUGUGUAUAUAGAGAGAGAGUGAGACAAGCAAGGAGGAUGAUACCCAAUGGAAGAACUAAUUGAUCAAAAACUCCACACAACAAAAAUAAUAAAAAGAAAAACGUAUAACCCGAGCGCAUUGAUUCUUCUAGCGAUUUCGAAAUGCAUACGAGUUUAGUUAGUUUAACUUGUAAAUUUUAGCUUUACACCUAACGUAAUUUAAAGGCGCCUCAUCCUCAUUCAAUCAGUGGAGCAACACAAUCAAAAAUCAAAAAUCAAUAACUAAAGGAAGCGAAUCCACAGAAGCGAUGAUGCGUUUUUCAAUUAACAGUCCAUAAAUAUUUAAAAGUAGCUCGUAAAAA